GGGUCCUCUGAGCCAUCCGAGUCCUCCAAGCAGCGGAUGCUGACUCGCAGUUGCCACUACAAGAAUACACCCCCAGCAGUGACUGCAUGCCAAUCGCUUCUCUUGGAGAAGCGAGCAAGAGAGCAAGCAAGCUCUCCUCACUGUGUGCCUGCCUGCCUGCUUGCCUGCCUGCCCCUCUGAUCUUGUCCUCUAGUGCCCGUGCGUGCCCGAUCGCCAGUGCGUCUCGCUGUAGAAUAUGUAGUUCCAUUUGUGCCCGGAGCUGAAACUACUGCUACGGUGACUAGAGCGUCACUUGCUCCUCGACCUCAGCUGCUGAGCAUGAGCUGAGCCCCAAUUGCUGCUGCUGCUGCUGCAUCGAAGUCGACUGAGUCAGUACCACUCACGGAGUAUAUCAAAGGCCGAGACGCUCGUUCUUCUCGUGGGAACCAGUUUCAUUACACAGAUGACGCUCGUCAUGACUGAAGUUCUUCGUCAACUUCAGUCUAGCGGGGAUCUGGCAGACUUUUGACUAUCUAUCGACUAUCGACCAGCCUAGUAGUAUAGCUCUGCUGAUAAAAUCCAAAAUUUAGCCAUGGCAGCCUCCUGGACGCAGAACCAUGGGGCUUCUUCGGUGACAGUAGCGCUAGCCGUGAUGUACGUUCUGCAAGGGCUGAUUCUAGCUUCGGUUGUGGGAAACCUUCAAGCUGUGAGCGCAUCAAAAAUGAGCAGCAGAGCCCGACCACCGUCGUGGAUGACUCACCCUCUCUUCCACUCGCCGAAGGUGUUCGCCGCAGACUAUCACGAGAUGCGAGAAAACUUCAAGGUCUAUGUUUACCCCUUCCACGAAAACGUGACAAAAUACAUGUUCGACUACUCGGGCGCCGUGGCUCCACUUCCAGGAGGCAAUUACGCCAGCGAAUUCUUCUUGUUCAGGAACUUGUACGAGUCGAAGUAUAUAACCGACGAUCCCGAGAAGGCUCACCUCUUCGUGCUGCCAUACUCGGUGUUCAAGCUUCGGAUGACGGUCGGGCCCGGGGGAGUGGCUGGCUAUGUGAAGUAUUAUAUCGAGGAAGUCAUACAGAAAGAGUACCCUUACUGGAACAGGAGUGGAGGAGCUGAUCACUUCUACGGCACAUGCCACGAUAUCGGCAGCCAUGCUUCAGAAGACACGCCUGUUCUCGGCAGAAAUGCGAUUCAAGUGAUUUGUCCGGCCAAUAUUUGGCACAGAACUUACAUCCCUCACAAGGAUUUGUCGUACCCUCAGAUCUGGCCUCACCCCAAGUCUGCACCCGGUGGCCUUCCUGAGGAAGAACGUUCCAUAUUGGCGUUUUGGUCGGGAUCUCAGAACUCGCGGGUUCGUGCCCACGUGAAGAAGGUGUGGGAGGACGACGAAGACAUCCUUCUGGGAGGAGGAAGGGUCUUGAGACAGAAAGUUCGAGGACCGGACUACUUUGAGAAUUUUAGAAAAGCCAAGUACUGUUUGCAUAUCACAGGAUAUCAGGUCCACACAGCUAGAAUUGGUGAUGCCAUCAAGUACGGAUGUGUUCCGGUCAUCAUCUCGGAUCAAUACGACCUUCCCUUUAACAGCAUAAUCGAUUGGAGAGAAUUUGCGGUCAUUGUAGCAGAGGCAGAUAUUCCUCGUUUGAAGACAAUUCUCAGAGCAGCCGAUUAUUCCAAACUGUUCACAAACGUCCAAAUUGUUCGUCGAUACUUCACUUGGAACGCCAGACCGCAAGACUACGAUCUGUUCAACAUGCUCAUGUACGAGCUGUGGCUUCGAAGAUUCACCGUCAGACCUCGAAUCGGAACGCCAACGCCGACGACGUUGUAAAACGUCGUUGACUGCAACUUUGGGGAGGGGAUUAGAACUUUGUAGAUGCCAGCACAUUCCAUCCCAGAGUUGUUCAUACAUUUUCGAGGCAGGCAGCUUCAGGUGCAGACUUCGUCCCUCGCUUCGGAGACCUGGACUCGGCCGAUACGACGAGCACCAUACUGUUACGUGACUGCUGCUGAUUGCUCGACGGCGAUGGAGUGUACACGAGGCUGAUGUGUGCCACACGAAAACCGCACAGUUUUCUUCGAGCGGCCAUGCAUGUGACGUGGACCUCGGACUCCCCGCGAAUGGAGACAGAUAAAAAAGGUCAUGAAGUAGACGACCUUGCCCCAUUCCCUUCUUCGCUCCAGGUCAAAGUUGGCGGCUCCAUCGUUCGUUUAGCAAGCCCGAGCUUCAACCAUUUUAAUGUAGUGAAAUGUAUUUACACAGGAUCACUCUAAACGUCAAAUCGGGAUAGAGACGCCCUUCCCCUUCCCCUUCCCCUCCCCCUCCCUCUUCCUCUUCCUCGUCUGAUUGAUUCCUCACGGCCUCGACGGCUUCCCCAUAUGGGCUUCCCAAGCAGCGGAUAACAUCGUGAUCAUCGAGGUUGUGCAGCAGGGGGCUUCAUAUACCUCAUGGAACGUGGACUCGACAGUGGACGAGGAAGGAUGCAACCAUUCGUUGAACUCUCCCCUAAAAAGCUGUAAAUCUCGCACAAGAAGAGUCUUCUCAAUACGAAGAUGGUGCACAGCACCGUAUUUCAUCAAGUCUAUCGAUCCGUAUUGCGCCUCUGUGUGUUUAGAACUCCAUGAAUGCCGAAUUAUCGUCGGACCCUUCACAUUCUCCAGAUUCCGCAACUCUGUUUUUAUUCUCCUUUUGCUUCAUCUCCCCGUGCACGUGACACCGACGCCGCUACAGUCUCACUGCAGCACUCUUUUCACUGGCCCCGAUACAUGAACUUGUGCUGUAAAUCCGUGUGCUCGGGCUCUGAGCUGAGAGAGAGGAGACGGUGCUAGAGAAAAUCUCUCAGAGCUG